AACAAGCUCUACCUCCCUUCUCUUUCACAACCAUCACCUCUCCCACUUUCUCAAACUCUCAUUUUCCACCAUUUCUAAACUGGCGUUUCAUCAUCAAGAAACCACCCUUCUCCGUGAAUUCAAACCGAAAAACCGUAGAAUCAUGGGUGCAGGAGGACCUGUUGAACAAGAAAACAAAUGGCCGCUGUGGUUGAAACCUCUUCUCCGUGAAAACUUCUUUGUGCAAUGCAAAUUACACGCGGAUUCGCAUAAAUCCGAAUGUAAUAUGUAUUGUUUGGAUUGUGUUAAUGGUGCUUUGUGUUCUGUUUGUCUUAAUCAUCAUCAAGAUCACCGCGCUAUUCAGAUACGGAGAUCAUCAUAUCAUGAUGUGAUUAGGGUGUCAGAGAUUCAAAAGUUUUUGGACAUCAGUUCGGUACAAACUUAUGUUAUCAACAGUGCAAAGGUUGUGUUCUUGAACGAACGGCCACAACCUAGGCCGGGCAAAGGUGUUACAAACACAUGUGAGGUUUGUGACCGAGGCCUGCUUGAUUCUUUCCGAUUUUGCUCACUCGGAUGCAAGAUUGUUGGGACGUCUGUGAAUUUCCAAAGAAAUAUGAAGAUUUCGCCCGAGAAAAAGCAUCUGAUAAUGGCGGUUUCGGAUUCAGAUGACUCAAACAACAGCGCUAGCCAUCUCAGACAGUGGAGCAACCACACAAACACCAGAAUUCACAGUUUCUCUCCGUCAACGCCUCCGCGGAAUGCCACAAGCUUCAAGACAGCCAAGAGGAGAAAGGGUAUUCCUCAUAGAUCACCCAUGGGAGGACUGAUCAUAGAAUGUUAAGUCAACUAGUCAACCAGUCAACCUGCCCCCUAGACUUUCACUUAAUUUCCAAAAGGCCCCUGUUAUUCCAAACUCCUACAAAAGUAACAAAACACAAGUGCAUUUUACCUUUAAAAGCCUGUGUGGAACCCCCUCCAUUUGUACAAAGAAGCAGCCUACAGGAUAUAGUUGGGACAAACACUCUUGGAAUACAAGGGCAAAAUGGGAAAACCAUAAAAAUAAGGUUUGAAAAUGUCAAAUACUUUGUUCAUAGAAUAAGGGUUUUUUUUUUUUUUUUUUUUUUUUUUUUUUGCCUUGGUGUAACAUGUAAUUAAUAAUUAUGGUUUUGUGGUAUGGUUUAGAAAUUAAAAUGUAUGAAAAAUGGCAAUGCACUUUUAUAAAUUUUAAAAAGUGUAAGGUCUAUGAUGGGUAUAUAUAAAUUUUGUGCAUUAGAGUGUC